GGAAAUGCCCAGGAGUGCGUGUCACCUGCCCCACCACUUGUUGAUUCCCUGGAGCGCCGCGUUCCAAGCCUGGGGCCCCCAGAGCGCUACCUGGCUCACCUGUCCGCCCCGCGCGGCCCCGGGGAGCACCUGAGCCGCCUCGGGGACCCCUGCGCCCCACUUCACAGCCAUGAGCAAGCUGGGCAAGUUCUUUAAAGGGGGCGGCUCUUCGAAGAGCCGAGCUGCCCCUAGCCCCCAGGAGGCCCUGGCCCGACUUCGGGAGACAGAGGAGAUGCUGGGCAAGAAACAAGAGUACCUGGAAAACCGAAUCCAGAGAGAACUCGCCCUGGCCAGGAAGCACGGCACGCAGAACAAGCGAGCUGCAUUACAGGCACUAAAGAGAAAGAAGAGGUUUGAGAAGCAGCUAACUCAGAUUGAUGGCACACUGUCCACCAUUGAGUUCCAGAGAGAAGCCCUGGAAAACUCACACACCAACACCGAGGUGCUAAGGAACAUGGGCUUUGCAGCAAAAGCAAUGAAAGCAGUUCAUGAAAACAUGGAUGUGAACAAAAUAGAUGAUUUGAUGCAAGAGAUCACAGAGCAGCAGGACAUUGCCCAGGAAAUCUCAGAAGCGUUUUCUCAACGGGUUGGGUUUGGUGAUGACUUUGAUGAGGAUGAGCUGAUGGCAGAACUUGAAGAACUGGAGCAGGAGGAAUUAAAUAAGAAGAUGACAAAUAUCCGACUUCCAAAUGUGCCCUCUUCCUCCCUCCCAGCACAGCCAGAUAGACGGCCAGGCAUGGCCUCCACUGCACGUCGAUCCCGAGCAGCAUCUUCCAGGAGGACAGAAGAAGACGAUGAUUUCAAACACUUGGCAGCUUGGGCUACUUAAACUAAGACGGAAUUUUUUUGACACUUAAAUUAAUGAGAUAUACAUAAGACAUAUAAACGAAUUGCCAAGUUUAGAAGUUAACAGAGAUACUGUUUUAUAUUCACACUGGACCAUUCACUGUAAUGUAACGCUUAAGAAAGGAGUGAUGUGUAGACAUAGAAUCAGAGGUGGCAGCAUCUGGAAGGAUCCAUCCACGGUGAUAACAGGAGCUCUGUCUACCCCGUUCACUUCUGUAUUUCUAGUCUUGGAAAUGCAAACAAACAUUGUAUAUACAGAUAUAUAUUGAGUCUGUAUAUGUAUUUGUUGAAAUAAAACUGAAUUCUACUUACACAUAAGGCAUACAACGGUUUAUAAGCCAUGUAAGAGUGAUACCUUUAAGACUGUGGGGCAAAAUAACUUCCUUUUUUGAAGUGAAUGCAAGUUUGCUGUGUUUAUCCGUUUUUGAAGACACGUAGCCUGUAAAAAAACCAAAACCAAACCUGUUGCUGUCAAGUUGAUUCCAACUCACAGUGACCCUU